CAAUUGGCACAUUUCAUAUAACAUGGGGCGUCAGCGUCAACCGGGUCACCGGCAGCGCGGUGCCGGCACCGUAAGCGUGUCCAAGGGGGACACCGUGCGCCAGGGUGUGCUAUGCAAAGAGUGGCAGCGCACGCCCAUGCAGCUGCUGCAUGAGUUCUGCCAGUCCAAGAAGCGCCGCAACGCCUUCUACGCGCGAGCUCGGAGCAAAGACGCAGCCAAGUUCCGCAUGCGCUGCGUUCUACCAGAUGACAAAGACAGCAGUAAAGACCUGAGCUUCUGUCCUGAGCAGGAGUUUGAAACUCAGGACGAGGCCAAACACUGCGCCGCCUUACUGGCUCUGAAACACGUUGAACCACUUCGCCCUCACGAGCGCAAGCUACCGGACCCGUACCGAGACUUGUGGCUGGCUUUAGGCUCUCAGAACGGCCCUGCAGAUAAAGGAUCAGGUCCUAAAACGAAGAAAGGAAAGAAUAAGACUAAAUCGGAGGAGAAGGAGACUAAAACGGAGACUAAAGAGGACAAGGGCAUGGAUUUAUGGGGUAGAGAUGCCGAAGAGGAGGUCGUGGAGAAGAAAAGCGACAAGCCAAUGACAUUGACGAUGGACAGGAAGUUUGCGUCUCAUAAGGAGUUUGAAACAGCGAAACUUGCUCGCACUCAGGAGAGGAACAAGAAGCUGCGAGCGAGAGAGAACAGGGAGAGAGCCAAUUUACCCAAGCAGGUCAUGAUGAAUGCGCAGUGUAGAGAACUCAUUGAAGGCAUUUUGAGACAAUUGGGUGAGAUGCAGAAGAAGAGCAGCAAGGGACAAAAUCUAAUGGACGAGGAGAGCGAUUUGGAACAGAAAAAGCUAGAAGAAGAAGAAUUCCAGAAGAAGGCGACGCAAAGACUUAAAGCGAUCGGAUUUACUCCAGCGCAGAUAAACGGAGCGUUGCAGAGCUGCUCACGUGGCUUAAAGGUGGACGAUGAGGGUGCUGAAGAUGCGCAUAUGACUGCGAUCUUUGACUGGCUGUGCUUGAACAUCCCUGAAGGUGAUUUACCGAAGAAAUUCAACCCGGAAGGCACGCAACUGGACGUGGUAUUGAGCUCUACACAGACGGAUGCUUCACCUCGUACGACUGUGUUAGUACAGCGCUUGAUGAAGUUUGGUUACGACCAGCACGACGCUGUGACGGUGGCGAAUGAGUUCGUACAGGAACAUUCGGGAAUGAGUGAUGAAGACUUGAAAACUCCAUCAGUGGCUACUCUUUUCGCUAUACUAGAGAAGCUAUCACCACAUGUUAAACGACACUUCAGCUUGGAGGAGAACGGAGCAAUUGAAGCAACUGAGGAAUUGCUCGACCAACGUCAAGAUGAAAUCUUCGCGUUAGAGGCUAUUUACGACGAGAAGCUAAAGAUCAUGUCUCUCGAGGACGGAUCCAAGGCCCAAUUGCUUGAGUUUGAAGUGACCGACGCACUCCGCCUGCAUAUUUUCCUUUCAAGUACAUCCAAGUAUCCGUUCGAGCUGCCUCUUCUAGCGUUGACGUCAACUGAGGCAAAACACCAGCCUCAUCUACUUGCUGCAUGUGGAGAAGCGCUCAAGAGCUGCGUCCACUCCAUGGGGGAGCCAAUGCUGUACGACAUCUACGUUGCUAUUGACACAUACUUCCAAGACAAGAAGCGGUUGUCCAGCAGUCCACCCAGAAUUCAACUGCUGAAGAAACUAGCUGCAGUGAAAGAGAAUGCAGUGAAUCGUUCUCAAACUCCCUCUAAAACUACACCGAACAAGGCAAAAUCUCGGAAAAAGAACAACGGUAAUGCUGGAAUGUACAAGAACCAGCCGAAGCGCGUUGACUCCGAAGCUGUUCGUCGUAUGAGUGAGAAGCUGUUGCAGUCAAGGAAAGCAAAGGACAGUCAGCAGAACUUCCAGCAGAUGCUAGCUGCUCGCGCCAAGCUUCCUGCAGUAAAGGAAGAGGCUCAAGUGAUCGAGUGUGUGCAGAACAACCAAGUGGUUCUCAUCUGUGGAGCUACAGGUUGCGGUAAGACGACGCAGAUCCCGCAGUUCAUUCUGGAUGAGCACAUCAACCGUGGGGCUGGCGGAGAGUGCAACAUCAUCUGUACUCAGCCACGCCGCAUUGCCGCUAUCGGUGUAGCCACUCGUGUGGCACAAGAAAGGUGUGAAGAGAUCGCUGACGUUGUGGGUUAUCAGAUCCGUAUGGAUGCCAAGAAGUCGGCCAACACGCGACUGUUAUUCUGCACGACUGGUGUUCUACUUCGACGUUUACUCAACGAUCGACAGCUCUCCGGAGUCUCGCACGUGAUCGUUGAUGAGGUUCACGAACGCAACGUGGACACUGAUUUCCUGCUCUCUAUUCUUCGGGACUUGUUGCCUCAACGCCCGGAUCUUCGCGUUAUUUUGAUGAGUGCUACGAUGAAUUCCGAGCUGUUUGUCAAGUAUUUCUCGUCAAUUACCAGCACGCCGUGUCCUGUGCUGGACAUCCCUGGAUUCACCUAUCCGGUCGAGUGUAACUUCCUUGAAGACGUUCUUGAUCAGACUCAAUACGAAGUGCCAAAGUAUUUGCUGAAAGAAAAGAAGAAUAAGAAGGAUGGAAAAGAUGAAGAAGAGAAGCAGAAAGCCCUGUCCGAGAUGACGUCCGAGGAGAUCGCCGCGCGUGUUGACGACUCCAAGGUCGAUUACGAUCUGAUCGUACAUCUAGUGCGUCAUCUAGUGUUGGAGAAGUCUCAAACCAGUGGAGCAAUCCUCGUGUUCUUACCUGGUACUGCUGAGAUCAAGCGACUGAUAGAGAUGUUGACGCAUAGCAACGGCGGGUUAUCAGCCAAAGUAUGGGCUCUGCCUCUGCAUGGUUCGCUCUCAGGAGCUGAUCAGGCGAUGGUGUUCAAGUCUGCGCCUUCGGGGAAGACCAAGGUCAUCGUGAGUACGAAUAUCGCCGAGACUUCAAUCACUAUCAACGACAUUACAGCUGUGAUCGACUCUGGAAAGGUGAAAGAGAUGGUGUAUGACAACCGUGCUCGCCGCUCUCAGCUACUGGACUGCUGGGCUUCUCGUGCUGCUUGCGACCAGCGCAAGGGUCGAGCAGGUCGUGUACAGGCUGGCACGUGCUACCGACUGUUCUCUCGCAAGCGGUUUGCUGCCAUGGACGCUCAACUGUCUGCUGAGAUUCAUCGUGUGUCUCUGGAACAACUGUGUCUUCAGAUUAAGAAACUAGAACUUGGAUCGAUCAAGGGAUUUCUGUCCAAAGCUAUUGAACAUCCUAAUGAGGAUGCAAUCGACGCAGCUAUCCAAGAACUGGUAGACAUCGCAGCAUUCCGAACCGUAGGCGAGUCACCGAAGAGCAAGCUUCGUGGCAACAGGGAUAUCCACGACGAAGAGGUAGCACUGACGCCUCUGGGUAACCAUUUGGCCAUGUUGCCACUGGAUGCUCGCAUUGGCAAGUUCUUGGUGUACGGCUCCAUUCUACGCUGCAUCGAGCCUGUUGCCAUCAUCGCUGCCUGUAUUUCUUCUCGCAACCCGUUCUUGAUGAGCAUGUCGGACCCGGAGAUGCGUGCUAAGCAGGAUGCGCUGAAGAAAGAACUGGGUGGGAACUGGAAGAGCGACCACUUGUUGCUAUGGAAGUUGAUCGAGCGCUAUGCUCCUCUGCGAGGACAGAAGAUGAAGCGUGGCUUCUGUCGCGAUAUUGGUCUUUCGUACGACACCAUGGAGUCAAUCUUGGACUUAAAGCAGCAGUACUUGCAGCAGCUGGACAAUAUUGGCUUCUACGAGUCAUCAAGUGAUGGCCACCUCAAUGCAAACUCCGAUGCGCCUCGUAUUAUCAAGGCUGCACUUUGUGCCGGUCUGUAUGCGAAUGUGGCGCAAGUGGUGUACCCAGAGCAAAAGUACUUCCAAGCUGCGCACGGUGUGGUGGAGGAGGACCACAAUGCCAAGCAGAUCCGGUACUUUGUACGCUCAGCGACGGAGGCAGGACAACGUGAGCGUGUGUUUCUACACCCGUCAUCGUGCAACUUCUCCCAGAACAAUUACGAUUCUCCGUGGCUGCUGUACACGGAGUUGGUACAAACCUCCAAGAUCUUCGUACGUGAGAGCACCAUGGUGAAUCCGUACGCGCUGUUGCUGUUCGGAGGUCGUCUGGAAGUCGUCCAUGAGAAGAAUCUGCUGACACUGGACGGGUUUAUCCGAUUCAACGCUGUUGCGCGUAUCGGUGUACUCAUCAAGUCGAUCCGCCAACACUUGGACCGUCUUUUGAUGGAGAAAAUUGCCGAUCCGGGUGUUAAUAUCGCACAGAGCGAGUUGGUGACUGCCAUCAGCCACUUGCUUAAGAGCGAAGGCAUGUACGCCGAAGCGUAGAACUUCUUUCUAGAUUAGACUGUGGUUAGCCUCGUGAUUAUUGAGAAGCAUGAUCCAUUCACUAAAUAACUCUUUUUCUUUAACGUUGUUGCAAAUAAAUAAUAAAAAAAGAUAUACUCGCGUC